GGAGCCCCACCCGCUUUGGGGGUGGGACUCCGCCCGACCUUUGCUGCUCCUCCCUGUCGGGCCGGCUGAGGAGAGAGUUUCGGAGCGGCUUGGAAGGUGGCGGCCGCCGAGGUUUCGUCGGAGAGAAGCGAGGCCGUCUGAGAAGGGAGAGACCCACGGCUCUCAGCGGGAGGGGGGGUUGUGUGUGUGUUUGUGUUUUGGGCGCCCCGGGUCUGAAGGCAGCGCAGGCCGAACGGCCGCCGCCCGCCGGGAGGAGAAUAACAACGACACGGGCCAGACCGCUUCUUGCAACAGGUUCCUCGGGAAGCAAGGCAGGCCGCUCCGCCUCCCCAGGCCCCAGCCAUUGGUCUCCCCCUUGGUCCCAGAGGGGAAGAAGCGGCAUCACCCGCCUCAAUGCGUUUCGGGGCCAAGAUGAUGCCGUUGUAGCUAAAUGCCAAAGCAGCACAAGCUGGACUGUGCACAGUAACUGAGAAGGCAGAAACAUAGGCUGACCAUCAGCCAAAGAUAUAGAUGUUUCUUACAGUGUACCUCAGUAACAAUGAACAGCACUUCACCGAGGUGCCGGUCACCCCGGAAACCACUUGCAAAGAUGUAGUGGAUUUGUGUAAAGAGCCUGGUGAGACUGAAUGCCAUCUGGCUGAAGUGUGGUGUGGUUCAGAGCGUCCUGUAGCUGAUAACGAGCGCAUGUUGGAACUUUUGCAACGUUAUGGAGUCCACAGAAAUGAAGUUCGGUUCUUUCUUCGACAUGAACGGCCCCCUAAUUGGGAAAGUGGGAGUGGACCAAGACUCCAAGAGCCAAGCUUGAAGAGAAAUGGUAUAAAAAUACCAGGAGAACGAAGAAUAGAAAAUGGAGUCAGUGCUCCUCGGAUGGAUAUGACUCUGGCUGAACUGCAAGAAAUGGCAUCGCGACAACAACAGCAGAUAGAGGCACAACAGGAGAUGCUAGCAAACAAGGAGCAACGUUUAAAAUUUCUGAAGCAACAGGACCAGCGGCAACAACAGCAAGCUGCAGAACAGGAAAAACUUAAACGAUUAAAAGAAAUUGCUGAAAAUCAAGAAGCCAAGUUGAAGAAAGUGAGGGCACUGAAAGGACAUGUGGAGCAGAAACGGCUCAGUAACGGGAAGCUAGUGGAGGAGAUUGAGCAGAUGAACAGUUUGUUCCAGCAAAAACAACGAGAACUGGUACUGGCUGUGUCAAAGGUAGAGGAACUUACUAGGCAAUUGGAGAUGCUGAAGAAUGGCCGGAUUGAUGGUUACCAUGACAACCAGUCUGCUGUAGCCGAACUUGACCGCCUGUACAAAGAGCUGCAGUUGAGAAACAAACUGAAUCAGGAGCAGAAUGCCAAGCUGCAGCAACAGAGGGACUGCUUAAACAAACGCAACUCAGAGGUGGCAGUUAUGGAUAAGCGUGUUAAUGAGUUGAGGGAACGGCUGUGGAAGAAGAAGGCUGCGCUGCAGCAAAAAGAAAAUGUACCGGUGUCUUCAGAUGGGAAUCCGCCACAACCAGUGGUUUCUACUCAAAGUCGGGUGGCAGCAGUUGGUCCUUACAUCCAGUCUGCCACUAUGCCACGCAUUGCCUCAAGAAAUGAACUUCUAGUUAAACCAGCCUUUCCAGAUGGGAUACCAGCUUUACAAGUCCCUGAUGGUCCCUUGAAAACCCAAACCCUGCCUAACAUGAGAGCUGGGGCUCUUUCUCAAAUGAAAGCACCUAGUGCUGCUGGUCCCAAACCUCCACUCACUAACAAUGACUGGAAUAAUUCAAGUAUUGAUAGCUUUGGCAACCAAGCGCUGACUUCCUCAGUGACAAAAGUCAGUGGUAACAGUGAAGGGCAGGCUGGAGGAGACGUUCCUCUUAGAGAAAGAGAGAAGAAAGUGCGUCCCUUUUCCAUGCUUGAUUCUGUUGAACCAAAUGGAGGUACUGGAGUGCCUGCAACAGGUACACUGAGAAAGAAUCAGAGCAGUGAAGAUCUGCUGCGCGAUGGACAGGCAGGCACUAAAACCAUGGCAAAAGUACCACCACCUGUUCCCACUAAGCCUAAGCAAAUCAACUUGCCUUACUUUGGUCAAGGCAAUCAGCUAAUUUCACAAGAUAUGAAGUCAGAUGGUAAUGUCCAGAAGCUUCCUCUGACAAUUCCAGCCACUGGAAGCAAACAGAAGCCACCAACCUCACUUACACCACCAGCCUCUCAGCAGGUCCAGCAAAGAAUCUGUGUGUCCCCAAGUGGCCCUCCUAUCAAUCCCGAUCUCACUCUUGCCAAACAAGAGAGUCCUCCUGCAGCAGCUGUAAGACCUUUCACACCUCAGCCCACCAAAGAGGCUCCUCCUCCCUUGUUUCGAAAGCCACAGACUGUGGCUGCAAGUUCAAUCUACAGCAUGUACACAAAGCAGCAGACUCCAGGGAAGAACUUUCAACAAGCUGUUCAGAGCGCACUGACAAGGGCACAAACCAGAGGACCACAUUUUCCAAGUGUAUAUGGCAAGCCGGUUAUUGUUGGAGCUGGUCCCCCAAAUCACCCGCAGCAGAUGGAGAACGUUUAUUCAAAUACUCAAGGCAAGCCAGCCAGUCCAGAGCCUGAAACAGAGACUGCAUCUUCAGUAAUUGAAAAUAAUGAAACUGAACGUAUUCCUCGUCCACUCAGCCCAACCAAGCUUUUGCCUUUCUUGUCAAAUCCUUACAGAAAUCAAAGUGAUGCAGAUUUGGAGGCCCUUCGGAAGAAGCUAUCCAAUGCACCACGACCACUGAAGAAACGUAGUUCAAUUACUGAGCCAGAAGGUCCCAAUGGACCUAAUAUUCAGAAGCUCUUGUACCAGAGAACAACUCUGGCUGCCAUGGAGACUGUCUCAGCCCCUUCAUACCCAUCGAAGCAAGCCUCUGUAGCCAUGACUGAAAGCUCAGCAGAAAUCCCAAACCCUUACCUAAGCACAGAAGUGGUGAAAGAGGUGGUUCCUGCUACUCCCCCUGAGCCAACAAUUGCAGAAGAGGCAGAAGGCACAAAUGCUGAUCAGAACACAUCUUCUCUGCCUUCAUCAGGACUAGAUACUGUUCCUGAAGGAAUAUCUGACAAUACCUCUCUUACUCAGCCUGUAAUGGAAGAACCAACUCUAGAUGUGCCCUUGCCCAUAGAAAUAUACAUGGAGGAGUAUCCUCCCUACCCACCACCUCCAUAUCCUUCAGGGGAACCAGAGAAUUUGGGAGAUGACUCCUUUAGUAUGCAGCCUCCUGAAGUCACUGGGCAGUUCUCUUUGCCACCAGGUAAGAGGACAAACCUACGCAAAAUUGGCUCAGACAGGAUCGCCCAUGGAAUGAGAGUGAAAUUCAACCCUCUUGCUUUGCUUCUAGAUUCUUCUCUUGAAGGAGAAUUUGACCUUGUACAGCGAAUCAUAUACGAGGUUGAGGAUCCCAGCAUGCCCAAUGAUGAGGGCAUCACUGCACUUCACAAUGCUGUGUGUGCUGGUCACACAGAGAUUGUAAAAUUCCUGGUCCAAUUUGGUGUAAAUGUGAAUGCUGCUGAUAGUGAUGGAUGGACGCCACUGCACUGUGCAGCAUCCUGCAAUAAUGUUCAAGUAUGCAAAUUCCUCGUGGAAUCAGGUGCCGCUGUAUUUGCCACAACCUACAGUGACAUGCAGACUGCAGCAGACAAAUGUGAAGAAAUGGAAGAAGGCUACACACAGUGUUCCCAGUUUCUCUAUGGAGUGCAAGAGAAAAUGGGAAUAAUGAACAAAGGAGUGGUCUAUGCACUCUGGGAUUAUGAAGCCCAGAAUGAUGAUGAACUGUCCAUGAAAACAGGAGAUUGCAUGACAGUACUGCGCCGGGAAGAUGAAGAAGAAAUUGAGUGGUGGUGGGCACAACUAAAUGAGAAGGAAGGAUAUGUGGCACGUAACUUACUUGGCCUCUACCCACGGAUUAAGCCAAGGCAGAGAAGUUUGGCGUAAAGGCAUUUGGAAGCAAUUUGCUGAACUACCAACUGCAGAAUGGUUUCAUCCUUUUUAAGAGAAGAAUGCAUUCUUUUUGUGUUGGCAUCAGUUUUGUUAGACUCACUUUGAUUACAAUGUGAUAUGAAAGCUAC